CACAUCGGCGACGCGGGUAUUUUGCGUACCUGUAUACCAUGACCAUCGCCUCGAGCUCGGUAGGUUCACGAGAUUUCCGUCGACGACGUAUUGACCUGUUUGCUGAAGAAUCUUGAAAGCCUUCAGCUUGGGAGUUCACUGCCUACCUGCACAGGCACAGCCACCCUUUUUCUCCCAACAACGGGUUAGGCAUGACGAAGAAGGCGCCUCCACUAGCGAGACGCCAAGCUACCCGGUUUAGCUUCAAGCUUUUGAUACUCUUCUGCGUCUGUCUUUCCCUCUGCGCCUUCGCUUUCUUCAAGCUUCAUUCCCAAUCGGAACUGUCCACUCCUUCUUCUCGGAGGAGGUCCCGAAUUUCUCUUGAGACCUUCGAUGGCCCUCCCAAGAUCGCCUUUAUGUUCCUCGCCCGCCGCGAACUCCCUCUCGAUUUUCUCUGGGCAACCUUCUUCGAGAACGGUGACGUCGCUAAUUUCUCCAUUUAUGUCCAUUCGGCGCCUGGGUUUGUGUUCGAUGAAUCUACCACGAGGUCACACUACUUUUACGGUCGACAAUUGAGUAACAGCAUUCAGGUUUUAUGGGGCGAAUCGAGUAUGAUUCAGGCUGAAAGGUUGUUACUGGAUGCGGCUUUGGAAGACCCCGCAAAUCAAAGAUUUGUUCUUCUCUCUGAUAGUUGUGCCCCUCUGUACAACUUUAACUAUGUGUACAACUAUGUCAUGGGUUCACCAAGGAGUUUCGUGGACAGCUUCCUCGAUGUGAAGGAGGGCCGCUACAACCCCAAAAUGUCACCUAAAAUACCAAGAGAAAGAUGGCGUAAAGGGUCCCAGUGGAUCACUUUGAUUCGUAGCCAUGCAGCAGUGAUUGCAGACGAUGAAGUUGUCUUUCCAGUUUUUAAAAAAUAUUGCAAGCGACGCCCACCAGUGGAUGCUAGAAAGGGAAAGCUCAAUCUUAAACUUCAGAAGCAGCACAACUGUAUCCCAGAUGAACACUACGUCCAGACAUUGCUUGCGAUGCAUGGCCUCGAAGGUGAACUUGAAAGGAGAACAUUAACCUAUACAGUGUGGAAUGAGUCUGUAACAAAAAUGGAGAAUAAAGGGUGGCAUCCUAUGACCUUCGGCUAUGCAAAUGCUAGCCCUGAAAAAAUAAGGGAAAUAAAGGGCAUCAAUCAUAUAUAUUAUGAGACUGAGUACCGUACAGAAUGGUGCCGCAACAAUUCAACAUCUGUUCCUUGUUUUAUAUUUGCUCGGAAAUUCUCUCGGGGAGCUGCUAUGCGCCUGUUGAGUGAUGACUCGAUCAGCGGCUCUGAACUAUCUUCGUCAUUAGACAGUCAUACAUGACGUGAUGCAUAUGUUCAUCAAGCACUCUAGCCAUAUACUAACUCAUACAAUCUAUACUUCGAACGCCAAGUGGGGCUAUUUCGAGUUUAAAGACAGCUUCUACUGCCCCAAUUUUGCAGAUAGAAGGGGAUGAGAUAUCGCCGCUGCUGAGAAUAGUUCAGUUCAGAGGUAGAUACGGUCAAUAGUAACAAGCAGAUAAAGAUCAUUUGCAGCUGAAAUAGUUUAUUCAGCGAUAUGUAGGUAUGGUCGGUGGUAACAAGCAGAUAAAGAUAAUUUUAUCUUGUCUUGUAGAGAAGGCUUCAUACAAAUACAUCAGAUGUAGAACAGCGAUCUGUUACAUGAAUUAUUUAAUUUAUAAAGGCUUCAAAAAGCUGCGAUUAUUUCUGAAAA